UGGCUGUGCACUUUGGGCAUCGUAAUUUCCAGAAACGUGCACUGACCAGGACUCUUGCAGGGGCGCCCUCCACUCUGCCCGUUUUGAGGACUGCAUUUCCCAGGCGACCUCGGGAGGCGGGGCUUCCGGCGCGCGGUGCAUUGUGGACGCUGUAGUCCUGCGGGGCUCGGUCUCCUCCUCCCGGGCUGGCCGGGGCUCUGGGCCGAACUACAUUUCCCUUCCGCCCGCCCGCUCUCCCGAGGCCGCCUUGGCGCGAGACAGUGGCAAGCAGAGUGUCUCCAAGAUGGCCGCUUGGGGAAGGAGGCGUCUUGGCCCGGGCAGCAGCGGCGGCGGCGCCCGAGAGAGGGUGAGCGUGUCGGCCACAGACUGUUACAUCGUGCACGAGAUCUACAAUGGGGAGAGCGCCCAGGACCAAUUUGAGUACGAGCUGGAGCAGGCCCUGGAGGCGCAGUACAAGUACAUCGUCAUUGAGCCCACCCGCAUCGGCGACGAGACGGCCCGCUGGAUCACCGUGGGCAACUGCCUGCACAAGACCACCGUGCUGGCGGGCACGGCCUGCCUCUUCACGCCGCUGGCCCUGCCGCUCGAUUACUCGCACUACAUCUCCCUGCCCGCCGGCGUGCUGAGCCUGGCCUGCUGCACACUCUAUGGCAUCUCCUGGCAGUUUGACCCCUGCUGCAAGUACCAGGUGGAGUACGACGCCUACAAACUGUCCCGCCUGCCCCUGCACACACUCACCUCCUCCACGCCAGUGGUGCUGGUCCGGAAGGACGACCUGCACAGAAAGAGACUGCACAACACGAUAGCCCUCGCCGCCCUGGUGUACUGUGUAAAGAAGAUCUAUGAGCUCUAUGCCGUAUGACUGCCGCGGGGCCGGGAGACACAACAACCCAGCCCACGGAGCGCGGAGGCCUCAGCCUGCCGCGGAGCCACAUUUGCUCUGAGGCCGCAGACCUGGGGAGGUGUUUGGUUUAAUAUUGGUUAUUUUAAAAAAAUAACGCAGGUGAUAAGUGUACUGAUGGUUUUUUUAACUCAUCACACUAAGACGUGGGUUUCCGUGACCCCGGGGGCCCGAGGCUGUGGGAGUCUGACGGGGCGGUGGAAUGCUGAUGGAAGCAACGCUGUGAGGGGUGUGGACGCGCUUGGGGGUCUUUGAGUCUGUUGUUUAAUGUACCGUUCAGAGCCAGCCAGCUGUCGACUAUUAAAAUGAUGAGAGUUUGAA